AAUAUGGUCUUUUAGAACUUGACCCGUACCUACAUGCUUUAUUUAUAUUUGUAUAAAAACUUAAGUUUUGUGUAGUAUAUAAUACACGCGUGUAGUAAAUCAUGGAAUACGAAAAGAAAUUAACUAAUUUGGCCCUGAGCCUCUUUAAAAUCGAUGCAGUAAAGUUUGGCGAAUUUAUGACGAAAAGUGGUAUUAAAACACCGGUAUACUUUGAUUUGCGAGUUAUUGUAAGCUACCCUGAGGUUAUGGAAUUAAUAACUGACCUUCUGAAUGAUUAUGCGAUUGUUGAUAGCAAGUAUGAUCAUGUUUGUGGGGUGCCUUAUACAGCUUUACCAAUUGCAACUUUGCUAAGUGUAAAAGUUAAAAAAUCUAUGUUAAUGAGAAGGAAAGAAGCCAAAGCCUAUGGUACAAAGAAAGUUAUUGAAGGACAUUACAAAGUAGGAGAUAAAUGUUUAAUAAUUGAAGACGUUGUAACAUCUGGCUCGAGUGUUAUGGAAACUGUAAAUGAUUUACGAAAAGAAGGCCUCAAGGCAGAGGAAGCUGUUAUUAUAUUAGACAGAGAACAAGGCGGAAGACAAAACUUGGACAAUAAUAAUGUUCAAAUGAAAGCACUGCUAAGUAUGUCCAAGUUGAUAAGCAUACUUGUUGAUAAUAAAAAGAUAACUGAACAGAUGGCUUCUGAAGUAAAAAACUAUCUCCAAAAUGUUAAGGCUCCUGCAGUAGCACCACCUCUUGACAGAAUCCUGAUACCUUUUGAGAAACGAGCAGAGUUGGCAUCAAAUGCUAUAGCUAAACAGCUUUUCAAUAUUAUGGCUAUUAAAAAGACAAAUCUUUGUCUAUCUGUUGACCUCACUUCGAGUACUCAAAUAUUAGACUUGUUGGAAAAAGUUGGGGAACAUAUUUGUCUUGUUAAAACCCACAUAGACAUCAUACAAGAUUUCUCACAAAGUUUUGUGACCUCAUUGAAGCAAUUAGCAAUGAGAUUUAACUUUUUAAUAUUAGAAGACAGAAAAUAUGCAGAUAUUGGCCAUACUGUUUCUUUGCAAUACACUCAAGGAAUAUAUAAUGUAAAAGAUUGGGCUGAUUGUGUAACUUCUCAUUCAUUGCCGGGUCAAGGAAUAUUGAAAGCACUCAAUAAUUCAUCUAAUGGUGAGAAAGGUGUUUUCUUGUUAGCAGAAAUGAGCUGUGAGGGAAAUCUUAUCACACCAGAAUAUACAAAAGCUACAGUUGAGAUGGCAGAAAAGUAUCCUGAAUUGAUCACAGGAUUUGUUUGUCAAAACAAAAACACAUUUAAGAAUCCUGGUCUCAUCCAAUUGACUCCUGGAGUUAAACUCGAAAGUUCAAAGGAUGAUUUAGGACAAGUCUACAAUACCCCAGAGAAGGUCAUUUUGGAAAAUGGUGCAGAUAUCAUUGUUGUUGGAAGGGGCAUUGUAGCUGCCAAAAAUGCAGAGGCACAGGCUGUUAUUUACAAAGAUACUCUGUGGAGGUGCUAUACAAAGAGAAUUUCUGGAAAAUUAGAGUGAGAAUCAUUUAUGAUUUUUACACAGUGUUAGUUGUAGAGGAUCAAAUUACCUCGCCUUAUGGUUUAGAAUUUAGAUUAAGAUAACAAAGCAUAUUUUAAGAGUUCAUAGUUAUUUCAAGAUACAUAGUUUAAAUAUUACAUGUUAUCAUACCUAUUACAUAAUAUAACUUUGUUAAUUGUUGUUGUAAAAGGGAAUUGAUUCUUGUUUAGAAGAAUGGUUGAGUGCAAAAAAUUAUCAAAUUGUAUUCAAUAGUUUGUGUGUAUUAAGAUAUCAAAUGAAUGCAUUGUUUAUGUAUGUCUUAUAUAUGGACAUAGUAUUUAAUCAACAUACAAAACUAGUUAUUCCAAAAUUCUAAAAUAUUUGUUGCUUUAACAAAUAAGAACUGACACAUUCCUUAUGUGAUUCCACAUAUUUACACAAAUUUACACUUUCUAUAUUUUUAUAUGAACAUAUUUUGAUAUAUUGCAAAUUGUUAUUUGCAAUAUAGUAGAACCCAAAAGUAAAUACUGGAAAUAUUUCAUAUUUUUUUAAAUAAAUUUUAUAGUACAAAUA